UGGUCUCGAUCUCCUGACCUCAUGAUCCGCCCGUCUCGGCCUCCCAAAGUGCUGGGAUUACAGGCUUGAGCCACCGCGCCCGGCCCUAAACUUUUAAGUUUAAUGAUUAAGCUUUAAUGAUUAAGCUGCCUAAUCAUUCAUUCAUUCAUUAGGCAUAGUUAGGUAAGUUCCACAAUGUAAUGUUCCUUGUCUGGUUUCCGUCAAUUUUCAAUGUGACCUUAGUUCAUUGAUUAACUUUAUACAUUACUCUUGUACAGCUGGUGAUGUUUUUAAUGAAGAAGCUGUACAAAGUCUAGUCUAUACUUGGAACUUUUGAGAAGGAUAAGGACUUAAGAGCUUAAACUGUAAAGGCAUAAAUGCAUUUUUAUUUUAGGGAGAAGUUUUCUUUUUGAGACAGAUUAUAAUUGUUUGCUUAUGUGACAUGUUUUUAAAUUAUCCAUAAAUAUAUUUUGUUAAAUUCAAUUUGGCCGAUAUUUAUUGAGCUUCUAUUCGGUGUGAGACACUGCUGGUUAAAGCGUACGAAAAUGCCUAACCUUAAAAAGCUCAUAGUCUACAUUCAAAGGUGACUGGUUAGGAUGUGCCAAAUGCUACAGUAUAUUUAUGUAGAGUGUGCUUCAAAAGCAUAGAUGAAGUAGCCUCCUUCAAGAUAUCAGAGUUAGUUAGAUGAGCAGAUAUUCACUGUAUGCUUAGAAAGAUGGAGUUGAAAUUUACUGUGUGGUAAAGAGGAGGAAGAUUAUUUACACAGAAAACAACAUUGUAAACAAAACCAUGGACGGAUGAACAUGUCAUGGUGUUUGGGAGCUGCGGAGUGGGAACUAGGGAGGGAUGUCUGUGGCCCACGUAAGGUAAGGAGAGAGAUUUGUGUGGAAGCUGGGACAGGUUGUGAAAGCUCUUGGGGGAAUCACACUGUAACCCAAUGGUUCCCAGACUUGCUGGCUCAUCAGAACCACCAGUGAAUCUAUUUUUAGAUGAGAUUCCCAAACCUUGCUUAGUUCUACUGACUCAGAAUUUUGGUAGUAGAAUCUAGAAAAAGUUCUCUAAUUACUAAAUGUGAGUUAACUUAUUCCAGGCUAUACUGCAGCUAAGGGCAGAGAGUAUGCUUCUCAAAUCUCCUGGAUGUGCAGAGUAUAUAAUAACAUUGAAUCUAAGUUUUGUUCGGGACUUUCGAGGUCACCUAGUCCCGUCUCGUCUCUGGCCUAGACCGCUUCCCUGCUGUAACAUCCCUGAUGGGUGGUCAUUCAGCCUCUGCUGAAUCAUGCUCAUUAGUGGAGCUCACUGUUUGAGUCCUGUUAGACAAGUGUGGUUAUUGGUGUGUUCCCUUGUAUUGAGUUGAAAUCUGCUGUUUUAUUCCACCACUGCUUUUCGGCAAUAUCCCUCACAUCACAUUCCAGAUAUGAUCUUACUAGUGCAGAGUACAGCUGGAAAGAUUUCUUCCUUUUUCUGGACAUAGUGUAUUAAUGCACUGUUUUGGACUUAGAUCACCCUAGAUAUUUUUCCCCAUAUACCAUGCCUAGGUGACUACUUUUCUUAAACACUUAUGAGUGUUAGUAAGUACCCAUUGCCUUAAAAUGGAAGGAUGAGUAGGGAUAUAAAAGUAUUUCUAGGUAGUCUGAAUAGACUAAGUAGACCUUUUCUUAAGAAAAUCUUAAUUUUGUUGUUCUUUAAACAGUAACUUUCUACUUUUCCAUUCUUUCCCCUGAAACAAUACUGUUAUUUUAAAUGUUAAAUCAUGGUUAAUAUCAAACCUUGUUAUUUUUUGAAGAGAUAAUCUUUUCAAAUCACAAAGACAAUUUAGCAACACUACAAAACAUUUGGAAAUGAGAAAAAGGGAAAACCGUACUCAUAAUUCCUCUACUUUUAAAAACCAUUCAUCUGGUAUAAUGGUUUUAGUUUCUAUAGUCUUUUAAGAAUUUUUUUAUUGUCAUAAUCAUAUGUACAUACAAUUUUGAAUCCUGCCUUUUUCACUUAGCAUUAUAUCAUAAGCAUUUUUCCAAGUUAUUAUGGUCGUUAUAACCAUCGUUUUUAAUUGGCUGCAUUAUAUUCUUUUGAAUAGCUUAGUGGUGAAGAAAACAGACUGUGGAGCCAGACUGCCUGGGUAUUUGUACCGCAUCUACACCUUUUGUAUUGUUGGGAGAUGUUUUGGAUUGUCUUCCUUUGGAUCAGUGUGACACAAUAUUCACUUUUGUGGAAAAAAAUGUUGCUACUUGGAAAUCAAAUACAUUCUAUUCUGCUGGGAAAAAUUACUUACUACGUAUGUGCAAUGAUCUCCUAAGAAGAUUGUCUAAAUCCCAGAAUACAGUCUUCUGUGGACGGAUUCAGCUCUUUUUGGCCAGGCUUUUCCCACUGUCUGAGAAAUCAGGUCUUAACUUACAGAGUCAGUUUAAUCUGGAAAAUGUCACUGUUUUCAAUACCAAUGAGCAGGAAAGCACCCUGGGUCAGAAGCACACUGAAGAUAGAGAAGAAGGAAUGGAUGUAGAAGAAGGUGAAAUGGGAGAUGAGGAAGCUCCAACAACGUGCUCUAUUCCAAUUGAUUACAACCUGUAUCGAAAAUUCUGGUCACUUCAGGAUUACUUCAGGAAUCCUGUGCAAUGCUAUGAGAAGAUUUCAUGGAAAACUUUUCUCAAGUAUUCUGAAGAAGUUUUAGCUGUUUUUAAGAGUUACAAAUUAGAUGAUACUCAGGCCUCAAGAAAAAAGAUGGAAGAAUUGAAAACAGGAGGAGAGCAUGUAUAUUUUGCAAAAUUUUUAACAAGUGAAAAGCUGAUGGAUUUACAACUGAGUGACAGUAACUUUCGUCGACACAUCCUGUUGCAGUAUCUCAUUUUAUUCCAAUAUCUCAAGGGGCAGGUCAAAUUCAAAAGUUCAAACUAUGUUUUAACUGAUGAACAAUCACUUUGGAUUGAAGAUACUACAAAAUCAGUUUAUCAACUACUAUCUGAAAACCCCCCCGAUGGAGAAAGAUUUUCAAAGAUGGUAGAGCAUAUAUUAAACACUGAAGAAAACUGGAACUCAUGGAAAAAUGAAGGUUGCCCAAGUUUUGUGAAAGAAAGUGUAUGUUUUUUUCACCACAGAACAUCAGAUACCAAACCUACGAGAAUAAUUCGGAAGAGAACAGCACCCGAGGACUUCCUAGGGAAAGGACCCAGCAAAAAAAUUCUGAUGGGAAAUGAGGAGUUAACAAGGCUUUGGAAUCUUUGUCCUGAUAACAUGGAAGCCUGUAAAUCAGAGACAAGGGAAUACAUGCCCACUUUGGAGGAAUUCUUUGAAGAAGCCAUUGAACAGGCAGACCCUGAAAAUAUGGUUGAAAACGAAUAUAAGGCUGUGAACAAUUCAAAUUAUGGUUGGAGAGCCCUGAGACUAUUAGCACGGAGAAGCCCUCACUUCUUCCAGCCAACCAACCAGCAGUUUAAAAGUUUACCAGAAUAUCUUGAAAACAUGGUAAUAAAGCUAGCCAAGGAAUUACCGCCUCCUUCUGAAGAAAUAAAAACAGGUGAGGAUGAAGAUGAGGAAGAUAAUGAUGCUUUACUGAAGGAAAAUGAAAGUCCUGAUGUUCGGCGAGACAAACCUGUAACAGGAGAACAAAUAGAGGUAUUUGCCAACAAGCUGGGUGAACAAUGGAAGAUUCUGGCUCCCUACUUGGAAAUGAAAGACUCAGAAAUUAGGCAGAUUGAGUGUGACAGUGAAGACAUGAAGAUGAGAGCUAAGCAGCUCCUGGUUGCCUGGCAAGAUCAAGAGGGAGUUCAUGCAACACCUGAGAAUCUGAUUAAUGCACUGAAUAAGUCUGGAUUAAGUGACCUUGCAGAAAGUCUAACUAAUGACAAUGAGACAAAUAGUUAGCUUCUUUUUUUUCUUUUUAUUAAAACUGUGAUAGAUUUUGUUACCAAGCAGCAUUUGAUAAGAGGUCCACUGGUUUUGGUAAACAAUAAACAUUUUUAUAACAAU